AGUGCCGUUCUAUUUUGCCCUCGAAUAUAUACCGCUUUCCCGAACCACCCUCACGUUUCUCUUCGAUUCACUCCCGGUCUCUCUCUCCAGUUUCCCGUCGCUGUUAGAGAUCACCGCCGUCGAAGCCACCGGAGAUUCAUUCGUGGUGUUCCGGCGGAUUCCCUUUACUUUUUUCUCAUCCAACACGCCCAACUCACCGAUCUCCCUGGUCCUAAGGCCACCACCAUGGCAUACAAAACGUAUCAGUACCAGGCUGAAGCAGUAAUUAGGGAAUAUGUGCUCUCGGAUCCAUUCAUCCCUUACACCUCUGUGCUUACCGGUCUUUUUAUAUGCAAAAUGGCAUACGAUCUUACCCGGUUUCUGAGUUCUUUCUAUUUCAAGGGUUACAGUUCCCUUACGAAAAUCCAACGACUUGAGUGGAACAACAGGGGAAUGUCUAGUGCCCAUGCUAUUUUCAUCACCUUUAUGUCAGUAUAUUUAGUGUUCUUCUCAGACCUCUUCUCAGAUGACAUUUCUAAGGGACCUAUUACGUUUAGAAGCUCAAAUCUAUCCACUUUUACAUUAGGGGUUUCUGUUGGAUAUUUUAUCUCGGAUCUAGCAAUGAUAUUUUGGUUAUAUCCAUCUCUUGGUGGAUUGGAAUAUAUUGUCCAUCACGCCCUUUCUUUAUGUGCUAUAUCCUAUGCCAUGUUGACCGGAGAAGCACAGUUGUACACUUAUAUGGUAUUGAUUUCCGAGGCAACUACCCCUGGCAUUAAUGUGCGAUGGUACCUGGACACUGCUGGAAUGAAGAGAUCCAGUGCCUACCUGGUGAAUGGGGUUGUUGUAUUUUUUGCAUGGCUGGUCGCAAGGAUCAUUUUAUUCCUGUACCUCUUUUAUCAUGUCUAUCUUCAUUGUGACCAGGUCAUGCAGAUGCAUAUAAUGGGUUAUCUCCUAGUAUUUAUGGUGCCAUCAGUUCUAGCCAUUAUGAACUUGAUGUGGUUUGGGAAGAUCAUCAAAGGCCUCAGGAAAACUUUGGCCAAGAGACAGUGAAAAUCAUAUGCUACUUUUGACGUAAAUCACUGAGUAUAUUCUUCCCUUUCUUCCCCUUAUAAAAUUACAGCAAGUAAGCUAAGAAGGAAAUGUAAAAGGAAUGCAAAGAGGCAAAGUAGCACCUCAGCACUAGGAUCAGUAUGGUAUUGAGAUCUCUCCUUUUUUGCUAUUCUUCACAUGUAACAUAUAAACUUGAUAGCAUAUGCAACAUAUAUCGUUUCCAAUUUUAUGAUUAUAAUAGCAUCACUGUAACAGUAGUUAUAAUUUCCCACUUGAAUGAAGAGGGGUCCUUUUUCAACAAAA